AAAACCAAAUCUCAAUCUCUUCUUUAAUAUCAAAGUUUCAAAAGUCUUCUUGAUCAAUGGCUUCUUCUUCUGCUGCUAUGUCUCUCGAAUCUAUCUCUAUGACAACUCUCAACAAUCUCUCUCGUAAUCAUCAAUUUCAUCGAAGCUCUCUUCUUGGUUUCUCAAGAUCUUUCCAAAACCUUGGGAUCUCAUCUAACGGUCCAGAUUUCUUCUCCCGAUCAAGAUCUACUACUUCCAAGAACCUCAACGUUACUCAAGCUUUCUUCUGGAAUUGGGGCAAGAAGACCGAAAACUCCAGACCAAGUAAGGUCCAAGAACUAAACGUGUACGAGCUAAACGAAGGAGAUAGAAACAGUCCAGCAGUUCUUAAACUCGGCAAAAAACCAACAGAGCUCUGUCUCGGCGAUCUUGUACCAUUCACCAACAAACUCUACACCGGUGAUCUCAAGAAACGCGUCGGAAUCACCGCAGGUCUCUGCGUCUUGAUCCAACACGUUCCGGAGAAGAACGGUGACAGAUUCGAAGCUAACUACAGCUUCUACUUCGGAGACUAUGGUCACUUGUCUGUACAAGGACAGUACUUGACUUACGAAGACACGUUUCUCGCUAUCACUGGUGGUUCAGGAAUCUUUGAAGGUGCGUACGGACAGGUUAAGCUUCGUCAGCUUGUGUAUCCGACAAAACUGUUCUACACUUUUUACCUUAAAGGGUUGGCUAAUGAUUUGCCGCUGGAGCUAACUGGAACUGCGGUUACGCCGUCGAAGGAUGUGAAACCGGCCCCGGAAGCUAAGGCAACGGAGCCUAGCGGAGUUAUUAGUAACUUUACUAAUUAAGUAAAUUAGUUGUGUGUUUUUCUCGUGGCCGUUUAAUAAUUGUUUUGUAAACGAAUCUUUUGAUGAGCUGUGUGAGUUUAGUUAAUGAUGUGUUGAGGGAAUAAAGUAUUUAUUUUGAC